AUGGAGCAGGAGCUCCUUGUCAUCGCGCAACGGGACUUCGGUUGGGACGACACGGUUAAACCGAGGAGCCGCAAGAACGACGGCAAGCUGCCGCUGGUAGCCAGGCGCCUGCGGCAACUGAAGGAGGCGGCGGGCGCCGAGGCCAACGACCACGUAGACAGGGGCUUCGACGCCAUCAAGAUUUACGUGUCGAGGAACAAGGUCAAGCUGCGCGAGCUUCGGGAGCGCAUGGCCGCGGAGGGGAAGUUCGAGGUGCUCGGCGCCCCUGCGGGGUCCUCGGAGCCCGAGGAGUCCGCGGGCACGAAGCCCGAGGAGUACGCGGGCACGAAGCGCCAGCGCAAGGGGUGA